AGGUAAUGAGCAUCCAAGAAUUAUGAAAAUGAAGAUUCACUCCCUUCGAGCCUUAGGGCAUAUGCUAAGGCCGUCAGCGGCGACCCUGUUCACAAGUACACUGCCAUCCAGAACCUUCAUCGCGCCCACUCGUCACCAAUCAGCCCAGAAGCCUACUCCCAUGAUUGAGGAUGAUGAGCAAGGCUUCGGCUUCAUCCGCCACAAUCCCAGGGCCCCAAAGCCACGGACGACCUCCGUCACCGAGAUUCGAGGCCCAUACUAUUCCGCCAUGGGCACCAACUACUUGAGAGAUCUGCUCGACACGAUGGGACACCAUAUUGACGGCCUGAAAUUUGCUGGCGGGUCUUUCUCCCUUUUCCCGGAAGAGAAGCUGAGGGAACUCAUCAAUCUCGCCCACCAUCACGAUGUCUACGUCUCGACAGGUGGCUGGAUCGAGCACAUCCUGACCCAGUCCAAUUCUGCCGGUUCCGUCGAGAGAUACAUUGAGGUCAUCAAACGGCUUGGUUUCGACGUAGUUGAACUGUCCACCGGCUUUAUCUCAUUGCCAUCAGAUGACUGGCUGCGCUUAGUCGACAAAGUUCAUGCCGCAGGCUUAAUUGCCAAACCAGAGAUCGGCAUCCAGUUCGGUGCAGGCGGCGACACAGAGAGUUCUGACCUAGUGAGCUUGGGGCAGUCAGACCCAUCCAAGAUGGCAUUACAGAGAAUGUGUCAAGUUGGCGGACAGAUGUGGUCCAGCAGAUACAACGGGAACUGCCGAUGGAGAACACCAUGUACGAGGCGGCGGAGCCGAAAGUGUUCAAUUGGUAUGUGAGAGAGUUCGGAAUGGAUGUAAACCUCUUUGUGGACCAUUCCCAGAUCGUGCAGCUCAGCGGACUCAGGGCCGGUAUCUGGGGAAUGGCGGACACGUUUGGAAAGGUCGUUUCCUUCCGGUGAAGGGCGUCUCCUAUCGUGGGUGCUUUUACGGCCCCCCAGAGUGCAACGGGAAAGACUGGCUCAGAGAACCAACAACAAAAUUGCAUGUCUCGACAAUGUAGAAUAUUAUAAGCUUCUCGGGAGAUAAGACGGGUUUCCUGAGUUCCCAUACGCGUCGUGAAACCGCCUCCGAGUCUACUUCUUCGAGUAACAUACGAAGGCGCCGUAGAUAUUCAACUCAGGUGUCAUAAUUCCUGAGUGGCUUAUCUUGCUGCUCCCUCAGCUGAUCGAUGAUUCUGCAGACAUCUGGCAGAUGUACGGCCCUUUCCAGGGCUAUCCUCGAUAUAUUGUAACGGGUAAUUUAUUAUGACUGGAAAAACUGACUGUUCCU